GGGAUCUACAGCACACAACAUGUCCGAAGAAAAACCCCCCGUUAAAAAGAAGCCAGCUGCGCCCAAAAAGCCAGCCGAGCAUCCACCUUAUUCUGACAUGAUCAAAGCUGCUAUCUUAGCGUUGAAAGAGCGAAACGGUUCUUCCCGCCAAGCCAUCGAGAAGUACAUCAAAGCCAACUACAAGGUUGGUGAGGUCGGCUCGCACUUGAAGAUGGCUUUGAAGAGGGGUGUUACCAGUGGCAAGCUUGUCCACACUAAGGGAGUUGGUGCUUCUGGUUCCUUCAAGGUGGCCAAGGAGGAAAAGAAGGAGAAGAAGCCGAAGAAGAAACCAGCUGCAAAGAAGAAGCCAGUUGCAAAGAAGAAGCCUGCUGCCAAACCAAAGAAGCCCGCCGCCAAAAAGGCAGCAAAGAAACCAGCGGCGAAGAAGACAGCGAAGAAACCCGCCGCCAAAAAGCCAGCAGCGAAGAAACCCGCAGCUAAAAAACCAGCUGCAAAGAAACCUGCGGCCAAAAAACCAGCAGCGAAGAAGCCUGCGGUUAAAAAGCCCGCCAAGAAAGCUGCGAAGAGUUCGAAAUCUCCGAAGAAGGCUGCCAAGAAAUAGGGAGGAUAACAACUCCUCGUUUAAUCAAACGGCUCCUUUAGGAGCCACCACAUUCAACAAAAAGUUAUGACCAACUGAGUAAAACACUGUUUCGAUAAUCGAGUUUAACUUUCCAAUAAAUUUGGUAAUGGCCCUCACUAAGGUUUUCCCACUAAAGGUCGCUUUCUUGUUAGUUAAAUUGGCUUUUAUGAGGAAAGCGCUGCUAUGUGGAUACAUAGGGUGCGUAGCAAUGUUUCGAAUGAAUUUGGGAAUGGGCGCGUGAACUUUUCCUUGCGUAUUUGUGACAAUUUUCAGACAGACAGUCCAUGACAGAUACACCAGUUACAUGGCAAUGUUACCCUCGUCUCACAUCGCGUUCCUUCGCCUAGCUUAACAUAAAGAGAAACAAGGCAAGGACUUUAUCGCAGUAAACUGCCCCCUUUUAUCGCUUUGAGCAACUCUCAGUCGCUGGAGAAUAUCUCUAGGCUAAGCAAAGUUAACUGUCUCAGCGUGUAGCUUUCAAAGUUUUCUGUUUUCUUGACUCCAAUUUUGUCGAGUAUCACACGUAGCUUGCGGCAUUUGUGCUCCGCUUUGAAACAUAAAAACAAGCGGCGAAGCCGCAGAAGACUUGAGACUAAUGACAAACGCUUUAAGCGCACACAAGACCAUUGGCUUCGCAGGCUAGUUGUUGAUCUUUUAGCGUCGAGCACUUUGGCCGCUGAGAAAAGCUUCGAACUCCAGAGAUCUAUUGUAGAUCGGUCACGCUCAAGGUGACCGAGAGGUGAUAAUUAAAAAAAAGAACUCUGGUUCUUCAAAUUUUAAU